AUGAACAACAGUUAUCCUAAUUCCCGUCCUCAAGUCGGCGCCACCUUCUACCCAGGUGGCGUGGAUGACUUCAUUAUGCCUGAGGUCAUCUCACCGGCUCCUCAGAGGAUAAUGCCAGAAGUUCCCGAGAAUAUGCAGCACAAUCUAGCAAAUCUUGAACAACAAGCACAAAGACCAGCACAGUACAACGAUUCGAUCCCUACACAACACGACAACCAAAGGUUGCAAGGACAGUAUCCAGGCCAACCAAUCAAUAAUCAAUAUGAAUAUCAAACAUAUCAUGGCAAUGGACAAGGUCAGGGACAAUAUGGUGGAGGGGCUUACAACCACGGCCAGCAAACAUAUGGACAAACCGCUUCCUUUGAGUCGAUGGAGCAGCCGAACUUCUCGCGGUUCCCAUUAUUACGCAACCUACCACCUAACGUACCGCCCACAGCGGAACAGAAGGAAGCGACCCUCGAAGGCGCCCGGCUACCAGUGCUAGAUUCCAACGACCCUCUCAACCAACUAGAUUGGGCACAGGACGCAUUGGCAUAUGUGGAAGAGUCUAUACAGAACGAGCAGCGGAUGGCCACCAUAUCUUCAGCAGUCAUCAAGCUAUCUCGUGUACAGCAACUGCUAAAGGAUGAUGCAAUCAAAGUGAUAAUGUUCCUCGCGGACCAGGAGCAUCCCCGAGCUUUGGUUCUUAAGGGUAUCUGGCUGGAGUUCGGAAAAUUUGACGUCGCUAUCGACAAAAGACAAGCAUGGGAAUGCUAUAAGACAGCUGUCAGGAACGCAGCUGGGCUCAAUAUCAAUGACCCUGCGAAGAAGUGGGGAGGCAGAGCGCAAUAUCGAAUUGGCAUGCAAUUUGAGAAUUCCAAGGACAUUGGCAAUGCACUCAAGCACUAUCAGAUGGGCGUCGAUGUGGGAGACAGCGCAGCUUGUUAUAGGUUCGGCAUGAUGGUGCUUCUCGGACAGCAUGGGCAGAUGCAGGAUUUCCAACGAGGACUGAGUUUGAUCUUUGUUGCUGCACAGAAUGCAGACGAAAACGCGCCUCAGGGAGCAUACGUUCUCGGCAUGCUUCAGGCUCGCGAACUUCCCCAGGUCAGCAUACCCGACCGUUUCCUGGCGAAAGACAUCAAUGCGGCAAGGAUGAACAUCGAACGUGCAGCCUUCCUUGGAUUUGCCAAAGCGCAAACCAAGAUGGGCAGUGCUUACGAGCUCUGUGAACUUGGCUGUGACUUCAAUCCCGCUCUAUCUUUGCACUACAACAACUUGGCCGCAAGACAGGGUGAGGUGGAAGCCGAGAUGGCAAUCAGCAAAUGGUUCCUGGCUGGGCAUGAAGGCAUAUUCGAGAAAGACGAGGAAAUGGCUUUUACUUACGCGCAGAGAGCCGCACAGGAUGGUUUGCCUACGGCGCAGUUCGCGAUAGGAUACUUCCAUGAGGUAGGGAUUUUUGUCGAUGUCAACCUUCACGUAGCGCAGGAAUGGUACAAGAAAGCAGCUGCAAAUGGUAACGCAGAUGCCGCAGGGAGAAUUGACAGCCUCUCGCGCUCGAAGACUUUGUCAAGAAGAGACCAUGAAAAAUUCGCUGUCUCGAAGAUCAAAGAGUCACGACUACAAAGCCCGACCGAGUCUGCACCUCCGACGCCAGCUAUGCCGACAAUGCUUGAUAUGCCUGAUCCUGGGAGACUCAGCUUGAUAUCUCCUACGUAUACUGGCUCUGACCGGCAUGCACAGCAGCCUCGGCAGUCUGUCGCGCCUUACCCUGCUAACAGCGGGUUUGACCCUCCCCGGCCGGGGAUGGUUAGCCAAUCAAGUAAUAUGUCAAAUCCCGAGUUCAGAGCCGGUUCUGCUUUUGGCAUCAAUCCAAACCUGCGCCCGUCGUCCGCCGCAACAAUUGCCGGAACGUGGCCAGACCAGAAUUACAAACCUGGUUUGCAGGAUCAAGCAAUGCCAUAUGCGACGUACAACAGCGUGCCUGUAGGAUAUGGAAGAGGAGGCAGGGCGACAACUAGUCCACACCAACUAGGGCAUCCAGGUCCAGGGCGAAGUGCUCCAUCUCCACAGGCUCGAAUAAGCUCCCCUCAGCCGCCUUCGAAAGUUGAUAUAGGCUUCCUUGCGCCUCUGGAAUCAUCUGGUGCAGAUCGUAAGAACCGGCUUCCAAGAUCCGACAGUCCUGCGCCUCCAAAUAUACGGCAGCAGAUGUCACCUAAUAACCCACACUCGCCUCUAACGUCUGGUUCCCAAAGACCUUCUGGGAGGGAUCCUAUGCAGCAGAAGCCCGUACCUCAGCAGAUCAGACCGUCUUCAGCCGCAGCCAGCAAACCUGCCCCUGCAAGCACCCCAAAGCCCGCGCCGUCUUCUAGCCAGCCAGCUGCGACUGUUCGACCACCUGGCAAAGGACCCAAGACAUUCGAGGAGAUGGGUGUGCCAGCAGGUAAAGGUAAGGAUGAUUGUGUAAGUAUUGCUGAUCUGGUGCUGUGGGACAGCUUGACUGAUAGAGCGUAUAGGUUGUUAUGUGAUACCCCUAAAUUUUACUGUCAGAAUUUCUGGAUUGGAUAUGCAUGGCGAUGGUGUCAAGAGAAAGAAUCUGGGCUUUAUGCAUGA